CAGUAAUAGUAGACUGUAUCACGGAAGUUAAAUUAACUUCCGUCUCGAGAGGGAUAUCGGAAAACAUAAAAAUAAUACCGAACUUUUCCCGAGAUAAUGAAAUGAGAUAACUUUUCUCUUCGGCUAGUCUCGCCUUAUUUUCGGAAGAUCUCGAUAUAUUUUCGCUCUAGCCCGAUCGUUCAACGACUGGCCGUGAUCCCAUUUCCUCUCAGAAUCAGCCAACAGAGUAACAGCAAGUGUUGACGAUGGAGGGCAUUUCAAGCUACUCGAAUUUCUUGACGAAAGUUAGCCGUAAUGUUAUCAUCUUUACUUAAAAUGAAAAACAUGAAGGGUUAAAGGGGAAUUCCUAAUAUAUUGGGUGGCCUCUAAAUGUUUCGUCUUAUUCUGGUUUUCCUCGUGUUGACUGGUUUUCAAGCGUCACACCAUCACGAGCUUGAGUUAAAAAUUGAUGAAAGUGAACAAUCAAACUAUGAAGCCAUUGGAAAAAUUCAUAGUCAUCUUGAUGAUGAUCGUGAUGGAGAAGUAGACAUAAGUGAAUCUGAUGAGUUCAUUCGAGAUGAGCUUAAAGUUACUGACAAGAAUAGCCGCAAUCUCUUUCAUGGUAAUGACACCCAAAUAUCUGUGAGUGACCUCUGGAACAGCUGGAUAGCAAGUGAAGUUCACAACUGGAGUAAUGCACAAGUCGUAAGCUGGCUUGUUGAGUAUGUUCAUCUGCCGCAGUAUGUUGAUGACUUCACAUCCGCUGGUAUUAAUGGCAGUAUGUUACCAAGACUUGCUGCCCAACCAUCCAAUGGUGUGUUCCUUGGAAUCAAAGAUCCUAAACAUAGAAAGAAAAUAUCUCUGCGAGCCAUGGAUGUUAUUCUCUUUGGCCCACCAGCAUCAGGUCACAACUUCAUCAAAGACAUUGUGGUAGCAUUCUCCGUUCUUGUUGCAACCCUUGGUUGUUGGCUAGCAGUACAUCAAAAGAGAAGAGCCAAGAAACAGAUGGAUCAGAUGAUGAAGGAUCUGUGUGUUCUACAACAGGCUGAACAGAAUUUUGGAGAGCUUCAGGACAGAUUAAUCAAAGCAGAGGAAGAACACCAACUUGCAAUCCAAGAAAAAGCUGAUCUGGAAAUGAGACUUAUGGAAGAAAAAAAGAGUGCUAAGUCUGGUGCUGUUCAGUUACACGAUGCUAAAGAGGGGAACAAGGAACAGCUACAACGUUUGGAAGAUGCUGAACACGAAUUAAUAGAGGUCCGCAAGGCAUUGCGUCUGGCCCAGAAAGAACUAGAGUACCAGUCAUGGAGAGCGCCUUCAGCAUUAAGAGAAUGGUUACAGAUGACCUACUCAAAGGAAACGAAACAUUUCCAUGCAAAACGAUCCCAGGCAUUAAAACAAAUGGCUGAAGCAAAAGAGGCGUGUGAACGAAUAAGAAAGAAAAGAAACAGCUUGAUAGGAUCGUUUAGGAUGGCACACGACCUAACCAUUGAUGAAGUGGACCAGUACAUCCUUAAAGCCAGAGCAUCUUUGGCUGAGGUGACCAAGGAACUAGAAGAACGGCAACACAGAUGGUCUCAAAUAGAAUCCCUCUGCGGGUUACAAAUAAUGGCAAACGCCACUUCUGAAGCACCUUCUGGAUCUUCAGGUACAGGCUCCGCUAUAGCCAAGGCCCUAGCAAACUGUGCCAAUAUUGGAAGUGUAGGAUCUGGAAGGAAGCUCUCUGGAGCCACCCCUCCCAAACUCCUCAACAAACUCGAAGACCUGCCCCCUACAUAUUCUAGCGUAGCGGUCCAAAACUCUCCCGACCUGAAUCUCUCGAGGGCAACAGAUUCUGCGCCGGUUGUUGACUCCAAUGGUCCAGUAAGUGUAAAUAUCAGGGUUCCUGCGUCAAGCAAACCAGCCAGACUAAAUCAUUCUCAACCAUGUAUAAUAAAUGGACAUGAUAGUGUUAGUGAUCUACAUGUUAAUGACGCUUCAACCAUUGUUAGUGUCGGUAGUAUUGGUAGUGGUAAUCGAACGACUAACGACUCUAACCUGGAAGUUGAUCCGUUACCAUUAAUUAACGGCAGCUUGGAUUCUUUCUCUGGCAGCAAACAUUCCCCACCUGGAAGCAAAAGUAAAAAGAAGCUGAACUGGUUCGGUAAGAGGAAUGAUUCAAUGCAUGACGUUGAACUAGUCAAUGGCGCGGAGAGUGAAGAAGAGAAGCGAAGAAAGAAAAUCAAAUGGUUGUGGCGAAGUGCUGCUUUGAAGUCAACCGCGCGGCCAAAAGAACAAAAUGGCAAACAUGAAAACAAACGCGACUCCAUAAGUUGAGGUUAGUUUUAGAGUCGGACCACAGUGUGUGAGACUUGUCUGUCUGCCAUGGUAGAUUAUUAUUUUUAACAGUCAGUGAAGAGCAUCACAAAAAUUUAUACGCGCAGUCGUUAUCAUGAAAUAACACCUAGUUUGUAAGCGACGGUAAAACAGCAACCAACAUAUAAUAACUAGCUGUGUGUGUGUUAGUUGGCGCAGUGGAAAUUGGUCAAUAUAUUGCCACGUGAAAAUUGGAGUCAUUUGGCAUGAUAAAAAUUUUAGAGCAAAGUUUUGGAGAUUGUUCUUACUUUUGGGGUUUUUUGGUUGGUAAAGAAAGGAGUCAUAAUUAGCUUUGAAUUCAAUUCGCAGUGAAAAUUUAUGAAAAAACUUGCAGGUAUCGUCAAGAUAGUAAGUUUUGAUCCGUUCCAUUUUGGUGAUUAUUCUUGCUUUGGGCAUCAUUGGUGGGCAUAUUAGAGUCAGGCUGCUUUCAAGCUCAGCCAAUCAUAUUAUAGAAAUCAGACCGAAAUUUUACACUGAACAUUUUACUGGCUUUUUGGUGUUUUUUGAUUGGUUCCCGAUAAAACUAUUUCCUCAGGAGUUUAGCCAAGCAUAUAAUAGAAAUUAGACCGUAGGUUUUGGGGCUUUAUGAUUGGUUCCGAAAGAAACCAUUUGUUGAUUGUCUUUAAUGUGUUUAAAACAUUUGACAUCCUUGUCGAGUAGAUUUUUAAAACUUUUCAUAUUGUAUCUUUUGUGUAUCAUAUAUAUCUAUAUGUAAUAUAUUGUAGAAAUAUUUUAGGAAUAGUGCCCUCUCAUUGAGAUAUCCUUCUCCAACAAACCACAAGGUGGUACCAAUGUUGAUACUUUAGUUAUCCUUUUAAGAUUCCUUUCCAAUCAUCCAUAAAUUAGGCCUUUUUCUUGUUCUGAAGGGUUAAGUCAUAAGGGGAUUUGUAGAGAUUUAUAUGAAAAUCUUAAUUUAAAAAACAACUUCAAUAUUGACAUAAGUUGUUAAUUUAUUGUAGUUUAAUUUGUUGUACAAUAGAACGUGCUUAUUUGAUUAAGUGUCUGUCCGGUUUAUCCACCCACGAGGCCCACCAGCCCACCCAUCCAUCCAUCCAUCCAUCCACCCACGAGACACCUAUCCAUCCAUUCACUUACGAGGCCCAUCAUCCCAUCCAUUCCCCCAUGAGACCGGCAAUCCCAUCCAUCCAUUUAUCCAUCCAUUUAUCCAUCCAUCCACCCACGAGACCCAUCAGUGAGAUGAAUUCGUCCGAACCCCCCGAACAUCCCCAGCCUACGGGCCUGAGAAAUAUAGUUAUGUUGUGAUAGAGAACCUAUUAUGGUCGUCCGGAUGUUUCAAAAUUCACUAAAUAAAAUUCGUUGUCGCUAAUUUACGGUCGCAGUCGCUAAAAACCAAUACGUUGUCGUUACUUUACAGUCAAUGUCGCUAAAAUCAAUUGCUUGUCGCUAAUUUUAACAGUCCCUGUUCAUUGUCGGUAGUUAUAACAGUCGCUGUUCACUGUCGCUACUGUCGCUGUCAUUAAAAUUAUUACAUUUGGGCGCUACAAUUUUCUAUGUAGGGAAAGAAAAGGAAAAUUCUGAACUUUAAAACGAGAAGGGAAAUUUGAAGCUGUAAAUUUACAAUCAAAACUCUAUAAACUGGCAUUCGAGCAGUUUGGCUGUUGCUAUUAAUUAGUUUUUAAGAACAUUGCAGAAAUUAUACUGAGGGUUCUGAAGUGGUAAAAUAGGAGCUGGGAUUCGCCUCUUUUGGGGCUGGGAAAAUGGRAUUUUAUGCACUGGGAAUGGGAUUUACAAACAAACAAAAAACGAUUAGAAAAUGGGAUAUAGAUUAAAGCAAAACAUAGGCUGGGACAAUAGUAUUUUGUCAAAAUGGGCCAUUGUCAUGAGUCAUUAUUUCAUUCCUUUCAACAUAUUUAUGUCGUAUUCAUUUUUCUUUACUCUCUGAAAUCGUUUUCGUUUUUGGUAUUAAUUUUUUUGGUAGCUUGCGGUAGAUUAUAUGUUGGGGUUUUUGUUUAAAAUCGAUUGAGACCAGAGUCGUACGAAAUGAUUCAACUCAGUGAUAAUGAAUGAAUAAAGAAAUGAAUACCAUGAUUACAGUGAUUGGCCGAUAUCUGAUUAAAAUGGGACUUUAAAUCUUAGAAAAUAUAUAAUUUCUACAGCGUAAGCAAGAAGAUGUUUAAGACAAAUCAUUAAAAAUUGAAGAAAAAAAGCUUUAUUUAGCUAAUUUGUAUGAAUUAUUUUGUAUAAUAUAAGUACGGGCCGGCAUUAAUCAUUCAACGCUUUUGUUGCCUAUUUUGUUAUUUGAGCCUACGUCGUUUGUGGUGUCCGCUGUAAAACAAAGACCUUGAGUUGUCUUUAUAGGACAAGAUUGGUGUCAAUGUUAAAAUCUGUCAAUAAAACCUUUGAAAUGAAACCCGGAACACGUGAAAUCCCCCCCUUUUUUUUUUGCAGGGGAAAAUACGUUUAUUUGUCCAGAUUCCUAACUCCCGCGUUCCUUGUCGGGCGGAGACCAAAAUGAACGUAGCCUUCACUACAAAAUUGGAAUUGAUUGCGCUUUACCUUAAAAAAGGGACUCAUUUUAAAAGAUUAAUUUAACAACGAAUAAUAAAGGUUUUGCCGUGAGGUUUUGUAGAUUGUAAAUUUUAGAAAUAUUAUAUUUAAUAAAAGAAUUUUUGGUUAUA